AUGGCCGAACACGACUCAUCGUCAUCAUCCAAGCGACAGAGGAUCAACCAGGCGUGUGACCAAUGCCGCAAACGCAAGUCCAAGUGCGAUGGCGAGCAGCCCUCAUGCGCGACAUGCCGCAGCCUGGGCAAGCUUUGCACGUACGGCACACCCGCGAAGAAACGAGGGCUCCCGACCGGCUAUGUGCGAGGAGUAGAGGCCCUGCUGGGCCUCUUCCAGCAGUCCCUCCCCAAUGGCGAGUAUAAGCUGCGAAGGGUGCUGCGAGAACACCUGGUGGGCCACAUGGCCGAUAGCGACUACUUAGAGCAGGCUUCGGAUAUCUGGCGGUCCUCCGCUUUAGCGAAAGACCUCGACCAUCUACUCAACAUUGCAGACGAUAAUGACACACCACGACCGUCUUCAGGCGCCGAUAGAGCGCUCAGGCUACCUCCUAUCGAAAGUGCCAGUCCAGCCGUCCAGCACCAGCCACCUGGCGAUCCGUUCGAGAGACUGGAGCAGUUCCUAGACGUGCCGCCGCCGAACCUCCCAGACAACGUGCAGGAAAUCGUGGACUAUUACUUCCGAACGACACACUGCUGGUUUCCCAUCCUCGAACGGCGAACCGUUCUGCGCGCUUUAUAUCAUGACGAAUCCCACGAUGAGACUGGAUGUGACCGUGAAGGAUACCGGCUCUGCUUGUGGGCCAUAAUCGCUUACACAUCCGCAACAAUGGGCGGUUUGUCCAGUUCACUAGGGUCUGUGAAUCCAGACAGCAUCCAGGCAUACAUUCGAUUGUGCUUAAACGGGAAUGAGCGAGCAUUUUCGAUCGGCAAUGCGCAGGCGUUGAUCAUCCUUGCACUAUUCAACAUCGGGAUGAGACGGCUGAGUGUCGCCCGGCUUCUCUUGUCACAAGUAUUCUGCAUGCUAGUCGACGUCAGCCUCGACGAUCGUCGACGCUCUGAGAGGUAUCAGCAUACAAUACAGGGUUGUUUUUUCCUCGACCGAAUAUUAUCGACACACUUGUGCAAGCCGCCUCUAUUCCCCGAUGCACAAGUGGGCGAGCUUGAUGAAAGCGCUCUGGAUGAAUGGGAACCGUGGAUCCCUCUGUCCCAUGACACAUCUAUCAGUCAGGGGAAACAACCCCUCCGAAGUAUUAGCUGUUUUAAUCUGAUGAACCAAAUUGCAGGAAUGCUGCCGCCGUUCCAUCUCACCACUUACAGCGCCAUGCAACUUCGGGAUAAGAUCGAAGAUCUUGGAAGCUGGUAUUCCAACUUGAAGAAACAGCACCAACUGCAAUCAUCAACUGUCGCGAGUCCACCGAUACUGUUACUUCAUUUGACGUACAAAUUCAGCCUUUUAGUUUUGCUCGAACAAGCACAAAACAGGGGCAUGCAGAUUAUGCCUCUAGCCGAGGAGACUGUAAACUGGACCAUUCAACUCCUCAUCCGAUGCUUCGAGGCAGACAGUGUGCUGUUUGGAAAUCCGUUGAUCGUGGUGUUUGCUGUUCAGAUCCAAUCCUAUGUCAGCCGCUUACAGGUUUCGGGAUCCAAUGAACUCAACCAUUCAAUCCGCAUGCGUUGCUUUCGAUUCCUAGAGAAUUUCCAGAAACAGUACAAAUUCGGACGCCCUGGGGCGAUUGCAAGUGACGUCGCGCCCUCACCUAUGAGGUCACAACAAGCGAGAGGGCCUCUCGCGCAAACCGUGACGGCCUCGCCGCUCACCAACGUUCCUGGAAUGGCUAUUUCGGAACACCCAAACCCGACCAUUGUGCAGCAGAAUGCGAUGAAUGUUGGAAACUAUUUGGUUGCAGACCCCCCAACCAAUUCAUCUAUCCUUGAAAAGGAUGAUUUUGACGCAAUGUUCGAAGACAUGGCGUCCAUGGUCCUACCUCGAAGAUAUGACGGCGAAGUCGCGGACUUUGCACAGAAUCUCGGCUUCUUAACCAGUGAUUUAGAUUUCAACUCCUUGGCUUUCCAUCGAACACAACCAGGUGUUUGA